GGGGCGGGCGCGGAGCGAGGAGCGCGGCGGCGGCGAUGGCUUUCGAGGCGCUGGCGGAGGCUGCGGAGCGGUGGUGCGCCCGCACGCCCUUCCAGCUCAUCGCCGCCGAGGAGACGGAGCGCCGCAUGGACUUCUACGCCGAGCCCGGCGUCUCCUUCUACGUGCUGUGCCCGGAGGCCGCCUGCGGCGACAAUUUCCACGUCUGGAGUGAGAGUGAGGACUGCUUACCUUUUCUGCAGCUCGCGCAGGAUUACAUCUCUUCUUGUGGGAAAAAGACACUCCAUGAAAUACUGGAAAAAGUCUUCAAAUCCUUCAGACCUCUACUCGGGCUUCCAGAUGUCGAUGAUGAUGCGUUCGAAGAAUAUAAUGCAGAUAUGGAAGAAGAGGAACCAGAAGCGGAUCACCAACAAAUGGGUGUCAGUCAGCAGUAAUUUUCAGAGAAGCUGAAAAAUUGGGAAUCCUGUGGUACCAGGUGGGGUCAGAUAGUCCCACGUUAGCCUGUUCGAUUUAGCGCAUCACACGGGGAUAUCUGGCUCCCAGGAUACAAGUUUUAUGAAAUGUUUAUUUAAAAAAAAAAUAAUAACAAUCUGUGAUGGGCUUUGCUAAGAAGUGACCUGAAUUUUGCUCCUGCUUCAGUGGAGUUUCUAUGGAGUUGUCUUGGUAGUAUUCUGCCAUUACCAGUCUAGAAGUAGUUUUGUUGCUGACUGUCUCCUUGAUUUGUGUUUGAGAGUAACGUUCACGGACAUGAAUGUAGGAUUGCCUUGAAUGUAGGGACUGCAGGGCCGGUGUGCUGAGUACUCCUUGCAUGUCACCUCUCGGGGAAAUUGGUGCAGAGAGUAGAUGCAACCAGCGCUUUUCUUUUUAGUUCAACAGCUGUGGUUUGUGGCUCUCUACCAGACAGAGCACCAUACUUUGAGAAGUCUCUCCUGAAAAACACUAGUUUAAUAGUGGUCAGUGCUGCAGAAAUGCAUGUGGAGGCUCAACUAAAAUGAUGGGGGGCGAGAAGUCCAGGGGGUAUUUGUGUUGAACCUGUUCAUGUGAUUUUACUGACGCCUGAGUUUACGAGUGAUUGGAUUCAUCACUGGGAGCAUUCAGAGCUCUGGUAUUGACAGUACAUAUCAAAACGAACCUGGGUACUCUCACACCAUUUAACCCAAAGCCAAAUGCUGUUUUUGUACAAAUUCAAUCAAUUAUAAACAGCCAUUGCAUAUCCCACGCCUGCAUGAAAACCAACUGUAAGCUUCACUGUUUUUAAAACACUGAUAAAUUACUACCCAAACCUUGCAGCGUCGCCAAUUGAAGUGCAACUUAACUUGGAAGCCAUAAGUGUAUAAACCAGCUUGUAACAUUAUGCUGGACCUUUUCCUCCCUGUGGGCCUUUGAGCUAAUCUGGGCAUUUCCACCUCUGACAAGGGGAGCUAAAAUACUACCCAAGCAGGAGGCCCCUCGUAUUUUAUACCUAUUUUGCAUCGGUUUAAGUGGCUCCAAUGAGUGCCAGACUGUGAAGAUGCAGGGUCUCCUUAUUUACAUGCCUUUUGUACUGAAAAUAUAAGAAUCAGAGUGAUGCUGUUGUCAGACAUCUGUUUUCUGUGAUUGAACGUAGUGUUUCUGAAUUUAUUCCUUUCUUCCAGUUUUUUUUCGAAUGGCAAAAUGAAGGUCACACGCUUCGAAAGCCCUUUUGUAGAGAAUUAGCUUUAUAAAAACAAAAAGCGAGCGAAGAGCAAAUGAUAGGGCAAUUCCCAGAAACAGCUCACACCAUUUUGAAAGCCCCGUUGGUAGCAACAUCUCCUUUUCCGUAGACUUUUUAAAAGACUUUUAUUUUUCAAGAUUACAUAAGAGAGGAAGUUUUCUUGGGGAUUUACAUUUCUGAUGAUGGGUUGAGAGGUGCAGAGCACCUGAUUUUUCCAGCCUGAGGCAAAGACCUUCCAUAAGCAGGACGGUGUGCGGUACCCGCUUACGCACAGAAAUGUCUGCAAUGCUUUCGAAGUUCAGGUUUAAGAAUACAAAAAAGAAGGGAUGAGAAACAGAGCUUAAUGAAACUUUGUACAUUCUUUUGGCAUGCAGGCAUAAACACGGUAGUUGCAACACAUUUUCUAUGGACUAGUGACGUGAGAACUGUGGCAGUUCGUUGUUUAACACUGUGCAGCAGCAAUAGGCUUUUUGCUUACAAAUAUAAAGUUUAAGAACAGUGGGUUCUAUCCCUGCUUUAGGUCCCUACGUUUUUGUUCCUCCCCAUGAAAAAAGAUGUCAUAACCUUAGGAAGAGCCUUGCUUCAGGAGAAGCUUUCUCUUUGUAGAAUCCAUUGCUUUGGUUACGGCUCAUACAAGUGGAUCUUUUGGGGCUGGCUUCCCUCUGCUGCAGUGCCAAGCAAGACGUAAUUUACAGUAGCACAAACUAUUGAUUGAAUUGUUAAUGAGCGGUUGAACAUGAAUAUGGAUGUAUGCAAACAUAAAGCUGUAAAUCAUGUAGAUAUAUUAUUUUCUGCAUUCACUAACUCACUUUUUUUCUGGAAUGCCAUGUGCCAUUGGAGUGAUCUCUCCACCAGAGCGCAAGUGCUUGCUAGGUGGGGGCUGUUCUGCAAAGCCCCCACUACGGCCAGCAAGACUGUGUUCUAACACAACUCUGGAGGCUGCAUGAGGCUCAGCCCUGCAGAGAGCUGCACAUUUCGUGUCCCACCUCAUGCUGCUGGGAGCGGAAUGUGCAGCCUCACUGCUGUACUGAAGCACUGCCAGGCAACACUAACAAUAAACUGGAAUUUUAUACAUAGAAAACUUAAGUGACGUGUGUAUUAAAUGUGAAUGAGCAUUAAUAUAGAAUGUAUUUUAUCAAAAAAUAUCGAUUGCUUCCUUUGACCAAAUACAUUUCUGUAUGAUCAUGUUACUUGUUCCGUACUUACCUAACGAUGCAGAAGAUGCAGAACGGGCUUCAUCGUGUCACAAGCUAUUUACAUGUUUUAUUUGUGUUUUAUUUCAGUCCUCUACAUUUUGGGGUUGGUAGCCAUUCAGUAAUUCACUGAGGGCAGCAUGGUCCCUGGCUGGGCUGCCAGACUGAGAGGCUGCACCUGUGAAUACAUGUACAAAUGCUUUCAGGUGUGGGGACUCGGAAACAAAAAGUGGGCUUAGGGCUCUGCCACUGCUCUGCUCUGAGCUUUAGGUGGAUUUCAGCAGCUGGGCCUCUGUGAAAUUCAGUGGGUGCAGGAAAAGGACCCUUUUGGGGAGAUGCUGGGAUUUGGAGACGGCCCCAACCACCCGCAAAGUAUCUGCUUAUUGAACCUCUGCAGUGCAUGAGUUUUUAAAACUGCUCUGGGUGGUCCAAGGGCUUUGAGCACAGUCAUUUGUUUCUGCUAGCAUCCUGCCCAGUGAAUACAUUGAGUUGAUGAGGGAGGAAGGGGUGGAGAAAAGGCAAACUAAAAGGCCUUCUCCUCUUCCUCAGUGUUAUUAUUUGUGGUGUUGUGUGAGUAGGUCAGAGCGACGGGCAGGGAGCAGGAAGCUGCUUUAUGAAGUGUGAAGUAAAAAACCCUUAACAGGAUUUGCUCAUGAUGCAUUGAGAAAAAACACUGGCAAGCUAUCUCCUUGCAGAGAUGUGGGGAGUAAUGUGUCCCUGAGCACAAUGGCCUGAUGGCAGGCUUCUUCAGCUCUGCCCCGGGCUGGUUCCUCUUUGUUUAGUGCUUUUGAAGGGUGCCUGCUCGUAAAAAUGCUUCUUGGGAGGGGAGCAGCCUAAGCUGGUUCUGCAUUGGUAACCUGACUGUAUGGCUGCUAUGUUUUGGUGCAGUGUCAUGUGUAAGGUGUGCUGCAUGAGUGGUGGCUGGGGGCAGCAGAUAUUCCUGCAAGGUUGCUUAGCAAGUGACUGGCCUUUUCUCCUCUGGAAGCUGGGACAUGAGACUGUGACAGGAAUAUUGACUGCAAUGACAGUAUGGAUGUUGCCCUGGAAAGAUGCCAUACAGGACAAGUCUCCUGCCUUUCUGAGCAUGUUUUUUGAUCUUUCAAAAAGGGGACAGGGACCCAGCUUGUGGUCAGCUUUAGCUGUGGUGGAAGGCAAGGUUAACACUUGAUCCAUCUUUCCCUCAUGUCCAUCCUUACCCCACAUCAAUACUGCUCAAUCCUCAGAACUUCCCACUUCCAGAAAAGACGAAGCAGGCAAAGGGGGUGAAGAAGACCCCUUUCACAAGGGUGUGAGACUGAUGCCUACCUAACUAAUCUACCUUCUGAAAAUCAGGCCUCUUUAAAGCUGUCCUGGCUGGGCAUCCAGAAGGUGAGGUCUCUCUGGCUGCAGGUCGCUGGUAAGCCAGCUGGCAUGUCUCUUGCUCGGUGCUGGUUGUCUGUAGGCUGUCCUCGGGACAAGGGAAAGCAGCAAGUGCCCUUCUGGGGGCUUUGGCUGGAUGCCCCUUUCUGUAAAUUGCUGAGCAUGGGGAAAUGCUUUGUUUUAUAUGUCCAAUUUUGGCAGGACUUCCCCACCUUCCUGCAGCUUGUCUGUGCAGGCAGCUGCAGCUGGAAGCCUUCAUGUGAGCGACUUGGGGAGUUGCACACCCUGGGACAGACUGGGGUGGAAGUGGUCAUUUCCAAAGCAGAUGCUAAAAUGAGGAGAAUCCCUAUAUUUAGUCCGUAUCUCUGAUAGGAAAUGUUUGGAGGCCAGAAUCUCUCGCCUCCGUUUUUUUCAGGACUUCUGAGUCUUGGUUGAAUUGUUGGUAUGUGAUGUCUGUGGCAGGAGCACAAUGCAUGCUGCAGAAUGAAACAUGCUCACUUAGCCAUGGUCACUCCUUCAGUGUGCCAAAUUAUCAUUUACAGGCUCUAGGCACGGCUUUUUUCCCUCAUAGCUAAGGGUUUUUUUUUAAGGAAGAAAAUACCUGAAGAUGCACCUGUGUUAUCACAAACCCCAGCUUCUGCAAAGCCAUGUAACACACUGCUGUCCAUAACAGCCAGAUGACAAAUGCUCAGAUUAACAAAGGGUGUUCCUUUGUCUGAAGAAACAAUCUUGAAAUGAGCUACUACUGACUACAGCAAAGCUGUCUGGUUUCAUGUAAAAUACAUCGAACUCUGAAAUUUCCUUUCUGCACUGACAUGCUGCUGCUCCUGUAGGCAGAGAUCUGUGGUAGCACUGUGUAUAAAGGAUGUCUCCUUUCAUCUUUGGGGUGGCAGUGGAAAUGACAGCCCCGGAUUUUAGUCAUUAACAUCUUUUUGUUGCUGAGUUUUCCUUUAACGAGGUGGGGAUCAGUCAGAGCUCAACAUGUCAAGCAGAAAUAAUGUUAGACCACACCAUGCAAAGACUGUCCUUAGUGUGCUCGCCACCGUUUGCUUUUCUGACUGGAAGAUCUGUCUCUUUGGGACUUCAAAGCUGUGAAACGCGUUGCCAAAGGAUAUUGCCCUUUUGUUCAAUGCUUUAACAGGUGUAAGCCUCCAGUGGAGCUCUGCCUAUUCUUCCCUUCCUCCUUCCUCUCCCACCACUGAGGCGUCAAAUCCAACAGUGUAGUUGAACCAUAGGCUUGCCAUUAAAGAGCUUACCAAGUGCUAGUGA